CUGCGCUCCGCUCAGUCCAACUCGGCAGUGCGCACAGACAUGAGCUCGCGGGACCAUGGCAGACUGCUUCCUGCCCUUCUGCCCCGCGCCCGUGCCGCCGCAGCCGCACCCAGAGUUCGCAGUGUUCUACGCCGCGGUGACUCCUAGUCCCAGUAAUGCGGCACUCAAUCCAAAUGCGGAUGUAUUUGAAAACAAGGCUGUUGAAGGAACGUCUGAUGGAUCCAUUUGGAGUUACUCAGAUGUCGACUACCCUACAGAGGAUGCUUACGUGUACAUGAAUGGGGACAUUGGCAAGCUCCCUUCAGGGGCGGUGUACCCAGCCACCCCUGACUCGCUGGCCACCACGGCAACUACGAGCUCAGAUUUCAGCUCUCUUAAUGGCCUAGGAGAUUCACUGGAGACGUACGUGCAGGAUAGCAGUCCUCCAGGGGGAUCGCUUGCGGAUCCGAGCCCAGGAUCUGAUGCAGGCAUCCCCCUGGACCAACUAAAACAAAUGCUGUCUUCGCAGUUAGAAUAUUACUUCUCAAGGGAAAAUCUGGCAAAUGAUGCAUAUUUAUUGUCACAAAUGGAUAAUGAUCAAUAUGUACCAAUAUGGACUGUGGCAAAUUUCAAUCAAGUGAAGAAACUGACAAAAGAUAUAAAACUUAUAACAGAAGUUUUGAGAGAGUCACCAAAUGUACAAGUUGACGAGGAAGGUCAGAAGGUGAGACCAAACCACAAGAGAUGUAUUGUAAUUCUGCGUGAAAUACCUGAUCACACCCCAUUGGAAGACGUAAAGGCCCUGUUCUCUGGUGAAGGUUGCCCAAAAUUAAUUUCCUGUGAAUUUGCGCACAAUAACUCCUGGUAUGUAACUUUCGAGUCUGAUGAAGAUGCUCAACGAGCUUACAGAUUUUUGCGUGAAGAAGUUCGUGAGUUUCAGGGAAAGCCUAUAAUGGCAAGAAUAAAGGCUAAACCUAUGAAUAGGUUACCUAUUCCUCCAGUUCCUUCCAUGGGUGUAGCUCUGAAAAAUGGCUACAGAACACCACCUGCACUUUAUGACCCUAACACGUAUCAGGGGCAGCAAAGGUUUCUGUAUUCAAAUGGUAGUUCUGUGGCACCGAAUGUAAACUUUGGAAGUCAAGUUCAUGUUUAUACAUUUCAUCAGCAGCACCACCAGCCUUUCUAUCCACCAAAUAUGCUGCAACCCUGGACAACAGCUAGCCCAGCAUAUUUUGAUAUUGGCAGUGUUUUCUCUGUUAAUGGAUUAGCACCAACAGGAUCUUUUGCUAAACCUCCAGCUGCUCGCUACGUCCCCCGAAAUAGAAGCAAGAGGAGUCAGCCUAUUCCCGAGCGAGGAAGCUUGUCUGAUAGUGUUGUGAAUGUUACGAGACAGUCGGUAAACUCACAUCAGUACCACCCUUUCGGAACUGGCAGCGUGACGACUGUAAGUGUGACAGUACCUAAGACUACAAGCAGCAGUGUUGCGUCUGUGGGGAAAGUGCAGCCCACAGUGACAUCAGUUGCAGCUACGACAGUGGUGACUGCAACGGUCGUCGACAGCCAUUCCAAAAGUCAACCAUUACAGCAAGAUAAUGGUGAUAUUAAUGGACCUAACCAGGGUGCCCAACUACGCACGGAAACGGAAGACUCGUUCAAGCAGAGGGAUGUUUUGACGGGAAAGGAGCCAAUGCCUCCCAGGCACAGGCGGAGACGGAGAGAGGAUGAGGUUUUAGUAACAGGGAGGACACCAGCUGUGGUAGGAGUGACGAAGCCUGCAUCCUCAGGGGGGAGCCCCCAGCCCGUGAACAGGGAAACACUCAGUGUGAAUGUGAGAACUGCUCAGUUUGACCUCGAGGCCACAGCAUUCCCACCACUUCCAGGGCUGGAAGCUGUGACUGGAACUGCCACCAAAACUGUCGCGUCUGUUGAAACGACGCAUGCUGAGACGUCAAGUUCUCAUUGGGAAAACAGGCUGUCUGAUGUCGUUAAGGGGACAGCAAAACCUAAAUGCCAGGCUGGUGGUACGAAUGGCAGUGGGAAGGAGAAAGAAAGCAGCAGUAUAUCACCCCGCGGUCUCUCACCAGUGCCCACAGUGCCUCCUGCGCCUUCCACUUCUCCAGCACCUGCCUGUACACCUUCGCCAGUUGCAGUUGCUGUGGCAGUAAACACUGAAACAAAGUCAUUGCCCUCGCCCCCACAACUGCAUGGCACUCAGCAUGAGCGUGAGGUGAAAGAUGUUGGCACGGGUAGUGACACUGCAUUGAGCCUGGUCACUCUCACACCACCUUCUUCCCCAGAUAAGACAGUUCCUGUUGUCAAAUGUAUGGCAGACAAAUCAACAAAGACUGAUGAUACCCUCCUGAAUGGUGACAAUUCCUGUGGGGUUGCUGGUGUGAAUCUCCGACCAGAUUCGGGAACAGCUUUCAGUACGAAACAAGGAACGGUGACGUCUAAUUCUACAGCUGCAGUACCAGUCACAAAGCAUGUGCCGACAACUACAAAUGCAGCCACCAUGACAAGUGCUGUGGUUGUGACUGAUACGGUAGUCACGCCCGCCCGCCAAUGUCCACCAACUGUUGUCACAACAGGCCUGCCACCAAACUCAAUGGCAGCACCAGUAGCAAGUUCUGCAUCUGUACCAGAUACUUCUGCACCAACUUUGGCACCAGUCAAUGCUUCACCAGUUGAAACGGCUUGUGCUACGACACGCCUCAGCUAUGCACAAGUAGCGCAGCACAACAAAGAAAAACUAAUGCAGCGUGAUAAGCAAAGCUCAGAGCAGCAAGAAAAAGAGAGAGAGAAGGAAAAGAAGAAAGAUGCACAGACAAGUAGGGGUGCGCAGCAUAACGAUUCUAGAGAACAAAGUGCUCCACGUGAAUACAGGGAAGGCCAAGCGAGGCAACAUAUGGGCCGUGGAGGGCCAAGACCUGUGUAUGACCGCGACCGAGGAGGAUUGAGAAGACGUGAAGGUGCACCUCGUUAUCGUGAGUUCCUGAGACCGCGUUCCCCAAAGUAAUGGUUUGCUGAUGCUGAUUAAUGAAACAGGGUUCUACACAUUUAUAUUUCCUGAAUUCAGGGAUCUCCUUCCUGAACAACGAAAAAGUGAAUAGUUUGAUUGCUCGCUCAGGUGUUUGUGCAUCAGUUGCAGUGAUAGGUGCUGCUGACACAUUGUGCUGCUAAUUACGGAAUGUGGAUUUGCGAAGUUACUUGAAUUUGUGGUUUCGUGUGGAUAGCCUCGGACUAAACGGUUUAAUGUAUAUAAUGAAGUUCUAUUGCACUGUAGGUUUGACCUAACAAAACAGCCCAAAGUUGGCACCAAGUGCCUCAUAACUGGUUCAGAAUUUUGAACUCGUGUAAAAAUAGUGCUUUUUGUUGCAGCUUGCAAGCACUCGUAAAUAAGCAACUGACUUUUAUAUGUAAUACAUAUAUAUAAAUAUAUUAACUGUAUAACAUAAAUGGAAAUGAGUGUACAUUAACUGGACUUAAGUUAUUUAGUAUCUGGUGUUGAUUAUGGUUAUGUAGAUAGCCAGUCAGAGUAUGGUCAUUUCAUACGCCUUCAGUUAGAAUUGUGCACGUAACUCAUGCGGAAGUAAGUUUUCCAAUGUCUACCACUGGAUACUGCUGAUGUUAAUCAUUGUUGAUAGUCCUAUUUGUGGUUUGUUGUAAAUGCUCUUGGGCAUAAGAAUUUAUAUUGUGUGCGGAAAAAAUAUUUUGAAGGUGUCAUUAGGCUCCAUAGAAACUGAAAGGAUUUUUUCUUUUUCUGCUGGUGGUUAUGUGCGAUUUCGAUGUUUGAAAGUCUCACUUGGCUGAGAUAGUGUGUCUGUGUGUAUGUUUAUGUGUGUGUAUUUAGCCAGAGACUGUGAUAGCCCCUAUGUCUGACAAAUACCACACAUGUGAAUGUCUUGUUAACAGUGUAAAAUAUCAGGGAUAUGUAUAUUUGAACAUAUUACUGCAUAAAUUUAUAUAUAUACAUAUAUAUAUAUGCUUUGUUGGAAAGUUUUGGAGAAUAUUAACCUCCAUAUUGUUUGCAUUCUUUCACUUUUUAUUACUAUUGUAAUUAUUUUGUACCCAUUUAUUGUUGGCAGUGUGAAAAGUAUUGCUAUUUUUAACUUGCCCAUAAACAUACAAAAAACUUUAUCUUUCUAGCUUCCUCUGGCCUUUAUUAGAUCUGCAGUCUAAAAUAAAUACGCUAUAUAACAGCUUACCAACUGUAGAGGGUAUGUGUAAUGUAUCAUCAUGCAUUUUUGGUUCUCUGAAGUAGUUAAGAGAAAUAAGAAAGACUGACUUCACAAAUGUUGUACUGAAUGCUGAUUCAUUCACACUACUGAUGUAGUUAAUUUUACUUCAGAUUGGAAUGUUUUAAGUCUUAAAAUUAAGUUUGAGUAACAGGUAGUUUCAUAAUGUACUGGAUCUGUGUUGAACAGAAUGUAAAGAUUUAACAGGCCUAUAUUGAGCAAAAUGGCAUUGUGUAAGAGGGAAAAUAUGGAACAGUGUGCAAAUGUUGAUUGCUAAGUAACCAAUUAUGACAAUAAGUAAUAUCCUGAACUUUCUUAAUAAGAGAGUCAGAUCACCGUUGGAUGUCAACAUAGAUUCAAGAUUACCUUCAAAGUUAUCAAACCAAUUUUAAGAAUUGAAAUGUUUUGUAAAUGUGCAUUUCUUUGAAGUGUUGCACUGCAGGUGCUUGUAAAGAAUUAUAGUUUUAAGUGGGCAACUUCUAGCUGAUAUUGUAUGUUGGAGUGCAUGUCGAGUGGCUGUGUGUAUAUGAACUGUCCCUCCCUUCAUUGUACAGAAUUAAAUUUAUUUUUGACAUGUAAAAUGGUAAUGAACUCUGGCAAAAAGCCUUUCCUGAUUCACUGCAGUAAAAUAAGUUAUGGGAUAAGACAAAUGUGAGAUGAAGACAGUGAAAAAAGUAUUAUGCCAAAAAAGGGUGUUGGGAUAUGAUUGAAGAACUGAACGUGCAGUUGCAAGAUGAAUUGUUAGUGCUUUAUUAAUUGUAUGUAACUGCAAAGUAGUGAGCCAUAUGCUGCGGAAUUUCGCCUCGUCGCUUAAUGCGGAAUUUGAAGACUGGAUGGCUCAUUUCAUUAAUAUAAUAUAUAUUACAUAUUUCUAUGUACACGGCAUGCUUUUUGUGGACAAGUGUGUGUGAGCAGAUUGUGUUUUGUUAAAUUUGGUAUCUUUUUCUGCAAAUGCAAUGUAAUUUCAUGUCCUGAGGCAUCACACUAAGGUGAGCAAAAUCAGUGAUGAUUCACUUCCAAACUUCACAUUUAAGCCCAUAUUAAUUGAUGUGGAAAAAUUUACUUGGGUUACAUGUAUGAAGGCAUUUAGCAUUUUUAUCAAACAAAAGCAGUUGCCUGGUAGUAUGAACAUUGAUGUUGUAACAGUGUUUCUUUUGUAAAAGGUUCCUGUAUAUUGUCAAGGCUACAUGUUGUCCCACCCCUCUUGCAGUCAAAGGACCCACCUUACAUUAUUGUCAUUCUGUGAAAUAAAUUUUGUAUAAUGCUAUAUCAUCACGUGUUACACGGAGAGUAAAUCUGUAGAACGUAAAGAAGCAAUGUCUGUACUUUCUGUUAAGAAAGAUAUGUGCUUCCAUUAGACAUAGCUUCUGGUGUUUUGAGUUGAAAGUUUGUUCUAAAUUUUCUUAUAAACAGUGAAAGUGCUAAGUAGGUAGUGCUCCACAGUUGCAUGCCGUUGGAUUACAGGAAUGUCAAAAUUGGGAAUGGGACAUAUGUAUUCCAUAUAAUGCAAUGUUAAGAAUAGUAACUAAACUGUAAACAUAAAUUCUACAGACUUGUUCAUUUUAUGUAUGAAAGACAAUGGAUAUACAGGUCUAAACAUAAUGAAAUGGUGUAUGGACCUCUGCUCCCAGAUUGUUGUUUGUUGGUGCCUUUGUUAGAGCAGGCAGUUGAAUGUUUGGGAGGGAGGUAGUGUGGAAAAUACAAGGUUAUUUCAUAUUUGGUCUUAUUUUUGCAGAAAGUAUUUGAAGGUAUGUACAGCAAGAAUGUUUUGUUCAGAAAACUGGUAAAAUUCUUAUUUAAUUGUCAUUAUUUUUGGGUGCUGAAGUUGUGUACCUUGAUGUGUUGAGUAUGGAGUUAUGUACACCAGAACAGGCCUUAAGAUGAGUCAGGUGAUGUUUUGGUUGUUCCUUUUUCUGUUAAUAUUGGUUGAAAAUAAUAAAAAAAAUGCUGCAAGUGC